AUGAAAGAUGAAAGAAAUUAUAAAGGGAAAAGCAGGAUCAAGACCUGGUCCAAACUGAAGGAAGUUAUGCAGAAGAGAUUUGUUCCUCAUUCGUACAAGCAAGAUCAAUAUCUUCAGAUGAACAAUCUGAAGCAAGGCUCAAAAGAAGUUGUGGAGUAUAUCAGGGAAUUCGAGCAACUAAAGACUCGAACUGGUGUGAAAGAAGCUGAAGAACAUACUAUUGCCAGAUUUGUUGGUGGGUUGAAUGCAUCUAUUACUGAGAAGAUAGAAUUGCAGCCCAUCUGGACAUAUGAAGGUGCUUACAAAUUGGCUCUCCAGAUUGAGAAGCAACUGAAGAAGAAGGCCCAGUACAAGCCUUUUACUAAGACUUCUUCCAGUCCUAGUCAACCAAUUAGUCAACCAGUUCUGAAGCCCAGUACAACUGGUCAACAGUCCUUUAGAGGCAAAGAAAAGGAAACUGGAGGAUUCAAGGAGCCAGCACAGUGUCCUAACCAGCGAGCACUCAUUGCUAAAGAGAUUGAAAGCUUACCAGAUGUUGACACUGAAGAAGAUGAACCAGUAUAUGAUGAAGAUAAAACUGAAGAGACAUGCAUAGGUGUAGAUGUUGGAGAGAUGCUAGUGGUAAGAAGGUUGCAAUGGCUUAGUGAAGGAUCUGAGGUAAAAGUUAAUCGACAAGUUACUAUUCCUUUUUCCAUUGGAUCUAUUUAUCAAGAUAAAGUUGUUUGUGAUGUUAUUCAUAUGGAUGCUUGUCAUAUUUUGUUGGGUAGACCAUGGUUGUUUGAUAAUUAUGUGUUUCAUAAUGGUCGCAUGAAUUCUUAUUCAUUAUUUGUAAGUGGUAAGAAAAUCACUUUGACUUCUCUGAAACCCAAUGAGUUAUUAAAAGUUAAUAAGAAGGUUCAGCCUAGUAAGUCUUUAUUUAUGUCACAAACUGAAAUUGAAGAAGAACUCACUGGAGGUACUUCAGUCAUGAUGUUACUGGUGCUUGAGCGUACUGAAGACAAGGAGCUCACUAGAGUCCCCAGUCUCCUAAAGUCUCUACUGAAAGAGUUCACUGAUGUCUUUCCUGAAGACCUACCUGAAGGUUUACCGCCAGUAAGAGGUAUUGAACACCAGAUUCACCUGGUUCCUGGUUCAGUCCUCCCAAAUAAAGCUGCUUAUAGAUGCUCACCAACUAAAGCAAAGGAGUUGCAAAGGCAGGUGGAUGAGUUGGUUGUUAAAGGGUUAAUGAAUGAAGUUCUUAGGCUACUUAUUGGAAAAUUUGUUGUUGUUUAUUUUGAUGACAUUUUGGUAUAUUCAAAAUCUGAAGCUGAACAUGUUGAUCAUUUAAGAAGUGUGUUUGAAUUACUGAGAAAACACCAGUUGUAUGGCAAAUUAGAAAAAUGUGAUUUCAUGGUGGAAAGUGUAAUAUUUCUUGGUUAUGUGGUAUCAAAAGAAGGUAUUUCCAUGGAUCCUUUUAAAGUGGAAGCCAUCAGAUCAUUGCCAGUUCCUACUACUAUCACUGAAGUAAGAAGUUUUCAUGGACUGGCAUCAUUUUAUAGAAGGUUUAUUAAGAAUUUCUUUACAGUUGUGGCUCUUAUUACUAAUUGUCUAAAGAGAGGUAUAUUUGACUGGUCUAAGUCAGCCCAACUAGCAUUUGAAUCACUGAAGAAGAAGCUUAGUUCAGCUCCAGUUCUAUCUUUGCCAGAAGGUGUUGGUGCAGUUUUGGUGCAGGCAGGGCGUCCAGUUGCUUAUUUUAGUGAAAAGCUUAAUGGCUCCAAACUAAAAUAUAGCACCUAUGACAAAGAGUUUUAUGCAAUUAUUUUAUGCAAUUAUUCGUGCUAUCAAUCACUAGUCACACUACCUGAAGCCAAAACAUCUUAUUCUUUUGUUUCUCAACACAAAGCUGGAGUAGCUAAUGUUGUUGCUGAUGCACUAUCUAGAAGAUAUUCAUUGUUGUCAAUUUUGGAAGCAAGAGUUCUUGGAUUCUCUUUCAUAAAAGAAUUAUAUGUUGCUGAUCCAGACUUUUCUGAUCGUCUCACUGAAGCUAACCAGUAA